ACAUUUCGGUUGUUUACCUAAUUACUAUGGACAUCUUUUAGCCACGUCGGAUAGAGGUGUUUUAAAAAACAUUAAAAUUAAGGAAUGAACACUCACCAGAUGGAUCAAAAUGCUAUCAAGUCCGUCAACUGUGCAUGAUUGGAUGCAAGCAAUACGUCGACCGACACCAUAUAGAGUUGGAAAUGCCAAACUUCAUUUGAAAACCAGAACCGUUGCAUACUUCAUGCUGUUUUUUGUUGCCUUUUUAAUCUUAAUUGUCAACAUUUUACCACAAAAUAGUUCCAAAGAGAAAUGUGACUGUUCCGUAGAAUAUGAUAAUAGAUAUCCUCUAUCAAAACCCUACAUUACUGACAAUGGGUUAACUUACAAAAUUGCUAUGGUCACAGAUUUAGAUACAGAAUCUAAAAGUAAAAAGAAAGAGAAUACCUGGCUAAGUUAUUUACAGACAGGAAAUUUAACCUUAUCAAGUGACCAUAGUAAAGUUACAGUGGGACUGGAUAAAAUACCAGUAACGCUGUCUUCAAGUUUGUCACAGGGUGGUAGAGGAAUGGAGUUAUCUGAGCUUGUAGUAUAUAAUGGAAAUCUUUAUUCUGUAGAUGAUAGAACUGGCAUAAUAUAUUUCAUUAAAAACAAUGCUGUUUAUCCAUGGGUUUUACUGGUAGAUGGCAAUGGAACAAGUCAUAAGGGAUUCAAGUGUGAAUGGGCAACAGUAAAGCAUGGAAGGUUAUAUGUAGGCGGACUGGGUAAAGAGUGGACGUCUGCAGAAGGCAUAGUUCUUAACACCAAUCCACAAUGGGUGAAGUCAAUAGGACCAAAGGGAGAUGUAGAACACAUUGAUUGGAAACAUAUCUAUAAUAAGAUCAGACAAGUUUCUGGUUAUUCUUAUCCUGGUUACAUGAUUCACGAAUCUGGGAUGUGGAGUGAUGUCCAUCAGCGCUGGUUUUUCCUUCCUCGUCGAGCAAGCCAAGAAUCGUAUGACGAAACAGCUGAUGAAAGUAGAGCUACAAACAUUUUAUUGUCUGCAAAUGAAGAUUUUACAGAUGUAGAUUUCAAGUUUAUAGGAAAGAAACAAAAGACAAAAGGUUAUUCAUCUUUUAGAUUUAUACCAUGGACAGAUGAUAAAUUGAUAGUAGCACUGAAAUCUCAAGAGGUGGCGGGGAAAUUAACAUCAUAUUUGACAGUUUUUACACUUUCAGGUGAAAUUUUAUUACCUGAUAUGAAAAUAGGGGAUGUAAAAUAUGAAGGGAUAGAAUUUAUAUAGUAUUGGUCAUAAUUAGAAUCAACUCAUGACAGUUAUUCAUGUAUGUGAGCAACCCAGCCUCUUAUUAUCUUAAAAUUGUUUUUAGGUCUCUUAGAAUUGAAAGAUAGUUUGUUGAAACCAAAUUACAUGAACAUGUAAAUUUAAACAUUACAUAAUUGUAUUUUAUGCAAAGAUAAUGAUUCAACCAGAUAUACUUAAAACCAAGUUUUAUUGAUUGGUAUUAUUCUUAUCCUCAUACACAAAAAUUGUAUUGAUCAAAAUUUUUUGUCAUUUCUGGAAUUAUUAUGUUAAAUGCUGAAUUUACAGUAUUUUGUGUCUUGAAAUAUUAGUAUACAGACUGAUGGUCCUACUCAUGUUACAUGUGCAUGUUCAAAUGACAUCAAAAACCCUCUUCAAUCACAAAAUUAACCAAAAAAGGGGGAUGGCAGUUAUGAAAUUUUAAUUUAACUGAAUGAAAUCUGGUCUUGAGUUAUAAAAGUAAGACCCAUAUGCUUUUAGAAGAUUGAUCUUGAUACUUCAGAUUUGUUGCAUUUAUGUUUACACACGAUUUUAUAUCAUUCUUAACUCAAAUUGGUCUGAAUCUAGAGAUAAUUGCAUAUGGUAAUAUAUUAAAAAAACAACAAUUAAGACCCAUUUUGAUAUUUAUCUGUCCAAUAUUUUAACUGUGAUAGUUUUACUGUAGUUAGAUUAUUAGUGUAAGAUUAGAUGAAAAUUUGUUUCAUGAUAAAUAUUUUUAAACCAUGGUUUGAGCGCUACAUGUAUCUAAGCCUUGUUUAAAAUUAUCCUUUUUCCAUUAUAUAAUGUAUAUAUAUCAUAAGACUGCAUUGAUUAUAUAGAUUUACUAUCCAUAAAACAUUAGGGAAAGGUUUAUAUAUUUUUGUAAAAAAAAUGAAACAUAUACAUCAAAAUUUAGUCUAUGUUUAGAAAUUUGAAAAAAAACAAUUAACAAUUGACUAGUUUUAGAUUUAGUAAAGGAAACAGCUAUUGUCAUGAGUUUUCUUACUUUAUUGUUACAUAGAAGAAUAGCUAGAUAGCAAUAGAGUGCUUUAUUUUGCCAGAAUUCUUUUGAGACAUAUGUGUUUUUAAAUAUGUGUUACAUUGUAUAAUAUGAGUAUAAGCAUUAUGCAAUUAACAUGGGGAUGAAAUAAUAACUUUGAGAUAAAAAUAUAUAUAUAUAUGUAUUUCUUAUCUUAUUUUUUUUAGGUUUUAAUAAUACAAUAUCAAGGUUAAUAUUAUUUUUUCUCAAAUUUAAUCUGUAUAUUUUGACAGAUAAACACAAACCCCAAACUAUUCUAUUUUUUAUGAUUCAGUUUUUGAAGAUGUCAAUUGAAUAUAAAAAACAACAGAUUUUUAGUGAAUUAUUGUUAUUCCUAAAUAUAUUUUAUUUAUUGAGUCAAGAAACAAGUUAUAACAUGUAUGUCUAAAUGAAAUUUUGUUAACUUAUGUUGUAAACAAUAUUUAGUAUGUAUGGAAGGGAUUUAUUUUGACAGAUAAAGCUUGCCUUAUGACCUUAGUAGUAGAUAUUCCUGACAUUAUUUUGUAUAAACAUGUGCAGAUCAUGCAGUUUUUCUCCACCAUUAUUUUAUGUAGACAUUUAAUAUAGCAUGGUGUUCAGGGUUUUAUAAGUGCAAUAUGUACAUGUGUAUCAUUUUAAUUGAAAUCCAUAUUUUUAUCACAAAGAGAAUGGUCCAGUCUGGGCAGACGACACCAUUUGACACCAGGUGUAAAUUUUAACAGUCCCUAGUUUUACAAAAUAUGAUGAAUUUGAAUAGUAUCUAUGUACUAUUCAUUUAUAUAUAUAUUUUGAGAUUUUUUAUUACAAUCUAUAUUGAUAACCCUGAGUCGGACUGACAGAAUUGAUUAAUAUUGAAGCAUCUUAUGAAUUCAUGUUUUUGUACAUAUCAUUUGUGCAUGUAGAUAAUAUUACAUUUAUUAUACUUUCA